AUGUCUCAAUCAAAUCUUAAAGUAUCUGCUAAUUUUGAGAAAAAUUCAAGAUCAGUACCAAAGUUUGAAAUAAAUGAACAGAGAGUAAAAUUACAAAGGUUCGAAACACCACAACCAGCAAUAGUAAUUAAAUCGUCAGCAGUAACAGUAUCAAGAUUCAAAAUAAUUGAAUCAGCAGUAAUAUCACCAGCAACAGAAACAGUAAUAGAAACAACAAUAUCAAAGUUCACAAUCAAAAGGAGAAGAACUGAAACAGAAAAUAUAGAACAGCAUUCUGACAAAGUGGAAAAUGUGAAUAAUAUAGAAGUAAAAAAGUGUGUUAAUAUAGAAACAGGAAAAGUGGGUAAUAUAGAAGUGGAUAAUAAUAGAGAAGUAGAAGUAAGUAAUAUAGAAAUGGGAGAAGUGGAUAAUAGAAGUGAAAAAGUGUAUAGUAUAGAAACAGGAAAAUAUAUAGAAGUGGAUAAUAUAGAAACAGGAGAAAUGGAUAAUAUAGAAAUGGGAGAGGUGGGUAAUAUAGAAACAGGAGAAAUAGAAAUGGAAAAAGUAGGUAAUAUAGAAAUGGGAGAAGUGGAUAAUAUAGAAGCAGGGAAAGUGGUGUCUCUGGACUCUUCAGAGCGACAAACUGCAGCUAGCAGUUUAAUAUUGCAUUUACAAAAUAAAUAUGAAGAACAUUUAAAAACAAAUUCAAAUCCUUUAGAAUUAAAUGAAAAUAAUGAUUUCGUGGGAAUUACUGAAAAUAUGGAAAAACUAUGUGGGCCAGAAGUAGCAUACUCCUUGAUCCGUUUGACAAGAGGUCUUGCAAGUUCACGAGAAGCUGCUAGGCAUGGUUUUUCAUUGGCCUUGAUCGAGCUUCUGGCUGGUUUUGAAUGCAUCACCUACGAAAUUGUGACAACUCUAAUCGAUGAAGCAUGUCCCAUUAAGUCAGCUAAAGAACGAGAUAAUUCUGAUAUAAUUUUUGGAAGAGUCUUUGGUCUUAUGGCCAUUAUUCGAUCGGGAAUGCUUUGGCGUAAGGAUUCUUCUAAAGAGGAAUAUAUGGAUGUUAUCAAUAAUCUGAUUUUUUGUUCGAAAUGUAAGCAAUAUGUUCGAGAGAUGUGUUAUCAUAUAAUUAUUUCUAGUAUCCCACAUGAUACAUCAUUUGAGGAAGAUGCUUUAGAACAUUUAAUAAAUGUUCUAAAAGAACAUAGCAAACAUGGUAUAAAUAAUCCCGAUGAUUUAAAUUUGGCACUUGCGAUUGAAUAUCAAUAUCCGGAUAUAGUGCAAAAUAAUGUUUGGAAAAAUGUUGUGAUGCACAGUUGUGAUACUUGUUAUAUUCAAUGGAAAGCUAAGCCAAGCAAGAUAGCAAUUGGAAUUCAUCAAAAUCAAGAAAAUCGGUUGCAUUCUGUUUGGAAUUCAAUAAUUCAUUUAUUUAAUUUAGCACCUGGUGGAAAAAUUGGGGAGGAUUCAAUAGAAUUUAGUGAUUUUUGGAAAAUUGUGGUAGAUGGCUGUCUUUUUGAUGAUGAAACACCUUAUCAAAGAAAAUUCUGGGGAUUUCAAUUAUUUGAAAAAGUAAUAAAUAUUUUUCCACCAGGAAGAAUUUCUGAUGUAUUUACAUCCAACUUUAUGCGUACUUUAAUAAAUAAUUCUCAUGAUGAUACACGCUAUUUACAUAAAGCUGCGAUACAUGUGUUAGAAACAAUUGAAAAUGUUUCAGAAGAAAACAAAACCAAAGCAAAUGUCAUCGCUAAGUCUUUACUGGGACCAAAUUAUGAUCAAGAUUUUGAUAAACUCAGUAAUACCAAAACUGUAAAGAAGAUUUUCAGUACCAUGAAUAAUGAAGCACUUGAAAAUUAUUUAUUUCAUCUUAAAGGAAUAUUUUUGAAAUCUAAUUAUACAGAUUCUAGUGAAAUUGAACGUCAACGACAGUGGAUAAUAGAACAUAUGUAUUCAAUUUUAAAAGACUCUCAAAUAAAUCGUUCUGAAGGCUGGAUGAAAUUUAUUUUUGAUUUAUUUAUGACAUAUGGAUUCUUUACUCCAAAAGAAAAUCAUAAAGAUGAUUCUGAUGAAGAAAUGAUUGUAUAUAAACCUAAAAGAAGUAAUUCAAAAGGAUCCCAGAAGAUAAAGAAAAUCAAGGAAUCGAGUGUCAUAAUUGGAGCUGCUAUACCUCCCUUAUCCGCUAAAACUCAAGAAUAUUGUAGAACUCGUUGCUUUCAUUCCUUAGGCGAAUUGGUUACUACUCGUUCUUUUGAAGCUGAUUCAGUUCGAUCAAUGCAAGGGAAUAUGAGCAAUGGGGAAUCUUGGGUAUAUUAUGCGGCAUGUAAAUUAAUAGAAUUUGAAAAUGAUCCUCAAGUCGAUUCAUUGAUCGUCUUGAGUGAUGAAGUUUUAGAAGUCCAAAGAUCCGUUUACAAAAUUAUGCAACAAAUUAUUAAUGAAAAGUUCAGGAAAUCUAAAGAAGAAUUUAAAGAAUUGAAGAAAAAAACGGUCGAUAGCGAUUUACAUUAUGAAGGAUUUUUAUGGUUGUUUGCCUCCUCAAUUCUCACUUUAUAUAACGAACCGGACGAAGCCAUGGAUAUUUUAAAGGAUUUGCAAUUAUGUUAUACUAAAAUGUUUGAAAAAUCGGAAAAUUCGAAAAAACUGAAAAAAUCCAAAAAAUCAAAUAAAACUUCUGAUGAAAGCUAUUUUCACAAUCCUGCAGAUGUAAUCGUUGAUAUAUUGCUUGGGUUUCUUGUAAAACAAUCAUCUUUCUUACAGAAUGUGGUAGAACAUACAUUCAAGGCUUUUUGUGACAUAAUUACUAAAUCUUCGCUAAAUUUGAUGUUGGAUGUAAAUGCCAAAUAUCAGAAGUUACACUUCAAACAAAAGAUAAUUGGACUAUUGAAGAUUUUUGUUCGAACACAACCCACUAAUCCACUUAUUUUUGAACUUUUAAUUCCUUUACUUGAAUUGGCAAAAAGUUUAAAAACUGAUGAAGUUGCAAAAAGCAUUGAUCAUUUUCUUAAUUCCCAAGUUGUAGUGAGUAAAGAGGUUCCUACCCAAUUUGAAGAUGAUUUAGUACUUGAUAUAAUGCAACAAGUUCAUGAAAUGAUUAAUAAGACACGAAAUGUAAAAUUUGCAAUUUCAUGUUGGAAAAUCAGUACCUACUUAUUUAAGUCUUUAGUUCGAUGUCACAAAAGUGAUGAAAAUCCAAAGCUAUGUAGUCAAUAUUCAAAUCCAUCUAUAAAGAAGGCUGUCAAUAUUUAUGAAUCAUCAUAUCAAAGAUGGUUAACAAAACCUGAUUGCUUGCCAACUAAAUCCUUCUCACAGUUAUUCGAUAAUAUUCCACAAGUUCCAUGGCAUUUGUCCAAAAUAUUUCUUGGAGGUACCGACCCCAAGUCUGCCAAGAAUCCUAAAAGAGUCAUUCUCGCUUAUGAAAUUUCAACAUCUGCCUUCAAACAUGUUAUUCCAAGGAAAAAAAUGGAAUUGGCAGAUGAUAAUUCCAUAGUUAAACUGAUUCAAAAAAUGCGUGAUUCUCUCAAGACCACCCUUCAAUUUAUUUCUGACGAACGUGGUGAAAAAACAUUUGAUGUCCAAGCAAUAAAAAUAAUAAUUAAAUUUGCUAUUCUUGCUAUCAAAAGAACCAGUAUGUACCUUCCGAAAGAGAAAUUAACCGUUGCUUGGGAUGCAACCAAUCUUUUAUCAAUAUUAAAGAAAAUCAAAGAACUUCCAAAACAUAAAUCUUCACAGAUAUUAGGAAAGUGUGUCUAUGUACCUUCUGGCAAUAAUAGUCAGUGCAGAUGCCUUCGUUUUCGUGCUUCAAAUGAUCAAUAUAUUUGUGUCGCGUGUAAUCAUGAUGAACCUGAAAACAGUAAUAUCGUUCCAAUUUUCAAUCCAAGCGAAGCCACUGGAAGAUAUUUUUUCAGAAACAAUAAGGGAAAAAGGAAAAGAGUUGAUGUUCCUGAUAUAUUGAACCUUACAGCUACUGUAUUCUGUUUUAAUGAAACAGAUUCUAAUGAAGAAUCUUUAAAAAUUCCAUGA